CUCCUGAGUCUGCGGGCUACAUCCCCCAAUCCGCGCAUCUCCUAUGACCCGUCUGCCGUAGCGCUUCUCACAAUCUCAACGAAUUUAUUCGCACGGCAGGUCGCGCUGUUUUUAAAAAAAAAAAGAUGGCCGCUCCCGGCUGCUGGCUGCCCUGGGCCCUGCUCCUCGCCUCUCUGGCCUGUUCUGCUCUGUCCACAAACUUGGGUCCCACGCACCCCAAGAGGGGCUCCGUCGCAAGAGGAGGGGGCGACAACACCCUGCUCCUGGACCCUGAAAUGGGGGCGGGGGGCGGACCCCACCGCAGGAAGCACGGCGGCGGUGGCGGUGGCAGAAAUGGGAAGGCCAGCGCUGGACUGCUGUCCCAGAGGCCCACAGUGCACCACCCUGCCCGGCCCGAAGAUGACGGCCCGGGCCUGGAGGGCCUGAGUCCCGUGCGGCUGGAGAUGGGGCCGGGGGACAGGGAGAGGGAGAGACCCCACCGGGGGUUCAGAGGUGCCCCUUCCCAUGCCCGAGACAACCAUCCACCUGGCGGAGAGCUGGGGAGGAAGGGCAGGAGGCAUGGGCAGGGAAAUGGGCACGCACAUGGACACCAGCAAGGGCACCUGCAUGGGCACCUGCACGGACAUGGGCAUCAGGCCGAACACAAGCGGCAUGGUGGACGGAAGGAGAAGGCCAGACAUGGUGAGGUCCGGGAGGGGUCAGGUUUUCCUCCCGAGCUUGAGUUGAAAGACAGGGACAUGCUCGUGGAACGCCUCUCUACCCCCAACCAAAGCCCUGCUCUCCCCUCUCGCGACCCCUCCCCCGCCUCCCGCAUCCCCGUUGCCAUGGUGACCAGCGAGCAUUUCCCCACGUUACCCCCGGCCUCCACCAAACCCCAGAAGUCUGGCCGAGGGAAGGCCCAGGGCGAGGUGAUGCCCACUCUGGACAUGACCCUGUUUGACUGGACUGACUACGAGGACAUGAAGCCCGUGGACUCCUGGCCCUCGUCCAAGAAAAAAGAUAAGCGACGCAGUAAGAACCUGAGCAACAUGAACGUGACUGUCGAUGCAGAUGUCAUUGAGCCAUGUGACCACCACCUGGACUGUCUGCCUGGUUCUUGCUGUGACCUGAGGCAACAUGAAUGCAAGCUGCACAGCCGAGGGCUCAACAAUAAGUGCUAUGAUGACUGCAUGUGCGAGGAAGGGCUUCGUUGCUACGCUAAGUUCCACCGGAAGCGCCGUGUGACUCGGCGAAAAGGCCGCUGCGUGGAGCCGGAGUCCGCCAACAGUGACCAGGGAGCUUUCAUCACCGUCUGAGGGAAAGACAGAGUGUGUGUGUGUGUGUGUGUGUGUGUGUGUGUGUGUGUAAGGGAGUGGGGAAGAGAGAAAAAGAGUGUAUGUGUGUGAGAGAGAGAGAACUGGAUGAAGAUGCUAACAAAUGGCCUACAUACCCACCUGUUUGUCAGGCACACAGUCCAAUCCUCACAGCAGGGGAUGGUGGAGGGAGAGGGGGUGGAUCAUGCCAAAUGCCAACAGUGCCAGCUAGCCUGGCCAUCAUUCCUCCACACCCCCUGCCUUCUCACCCCCAUCCUACUGUGAGUGUAUGUACUGUGUGUCAAAGGUGAUUGUGCAAGCUUCUUGCUCUUCUAGUCUGCACUGUACAUAGUAGUCUCUGUCUAUGAGACAAGCUGAGCGACCAUGUCUUUUUCUUCUUGUAUGUAUGUAACAUCCCAUCAUCAUGCUUCAGUGGUGCUUGUUAACGUCACAGUGACAGAUGGCUGUUCCGUUUGUUCCGUUUUAAUAUGCUUUAUUUAUGCCAGUCUCUCAUAACAGGACACUUGUUUCUUUUCUCUUUUUUGUCUAUGAUUUUGAGGUGACUGAAGGACUCGUCUUCUCGGGAGAGAGGAGUGUCAAAUCUGUCUGUUAAUAGGGAAGAGGGUGAGAGACAGUGAUGGAUGUGUGUAGAUAAUGGCAGAGAUGAAUGGCCAAUAGGGAGAGAUGAGGAGAUGGAUGGAUUGUCUGGUCUUUUGACAGUGAGGAGGCGUCCGUGAAGACUUGCACUGCCAAUGGCCUGAUGCUAUUGUCACAGAGAAAGAUGGCCACCUCCUUUCUCUAAGCUCUUUCUUAUCUUUGAAUGGAAAAUCUACUCUGUACACCUCUUAGACUUAUUGUAUGUCUCCUUUGUUUAUGAUGUUUUUUCCAGCUCAAACUGUCAUAAUUAAACACCUGAAAUGGUA